UUCAUUUUAUUUUACAUAAUUUUAGCAAUCAUUAUGCGCUACAAGUUGUAUUCUAUAAGUUCGUAUGUGAACAUUUUACUAAUAUUUUGCUGGGAUUUAAAAUUGUAUGACUGGAUGAAUGUUUGAUAGAAUGAGUGUGUUGUGUAUACUCCUGUUUUCCUUUUUCCUUGUAUUAUUUCGUCAAUUGUAUUCUUUUUACGUGUAUGUAUUACCGAUAAUAAUAUUUAUAUAUUGGUUCGACUCGUGAAUUUAUAUAAACAUAUAAAGGAUAGUGGCACGAGGGAUCCACCCAACGGUCUUCGAUUAUAUUCAUGCCUGCCCCUUGUUCGAUGCAAAUCGUAUUAUAAUGAUUACUUUUCACCCCAAAAAGAACAGUACCGUAGCUUAUUAUAGUAUUAAUUUACAUUAGUAUUAGUGGACAUUGGAGAAAAAACACUAAUUUUAUUUAUUUUUUCUUUUGAGCGGAGUAGCACCAUUUACGAAGUGCCACGAUGGUUUCAUCGAUGUUGUCUUCAGGUUCCUAGUGACAUAUUCGCGUUGUCUUUUACGUAAUCAGCUUUACGAUUGUUUUAUAAAUUAUGUUUGAUUGACAGUUUUUUUUAAAACGAAUUUUUUUCCAGUUAGAGGAUGCAUCGAUAAUGUCGAUCGAUAAAUUUUUCGAAUUGCAUAGAUCGAAUGUGUUUUGAGAAAAUUCGAAGCUAACCUGUAACAUGUUCCCAUGUUAUCGGAUUUGUUUCACUUGAUUAAGAAAAAAAUUCGUGGCUUAUGAUCGGCUGGUUAAUUGUCGACUUCAACCAUUUUUUUCAGUGUAUGAUUUUUAAUUAAGUAAUUUUUAAGAUUUUAUGAUUUUUUACGUUUAAUUUUUGAUUCUAUUUUUCGUUUUUCGUAAAAAAUGUUGUAAUUAUUGCGUUUUACAACGUGAAUAUUCACUAUCUAUGUCCGGCAAAUGAAAAGUAAUUUUACUGCCAGGUUCCUUCGUAUUCUAAUUCUCCAGAAUGUGUGAAAACCGUAUGUGUGUUGAAUGGAACAAGCUAAAAAAUUAUUAAUUAAAAACCCAGCUUAAUUUCUAGGUCGUUUAUAUAAAAAAGGUUGACGCUGUAUUCGUAGAAUAUGGGAUGUCGCUGUAGAAGAAAUGUGGAAGAACCAGUGGUAAAACUCCUGAUGUCGGGUCCCGAACGUACAGUCAGAUUAUGCUGGAGCAGCAGCUCCGUGGAGAAGAAUCAGAUGUCAGAAAAAAAUUGGUGGAAAAAGCGAAAGAUGGAACUUUGAAACCGGUCGUCAGUGAGGAACCGGCGGCAGUUGUCGGUAAAAAGCGCGGCCGUUGGGAUAAAACUGCGGAUGGUGUAGCCGCGGUACCUGCUAAAAAGAAAGCCCUCGCUGUGCCAGUUGAAUCCACUUGGGAGAAAGAUGAUGCUGCCACGCCGGCUACGCAGAGAUGGGAUGAAACGCCUGCGUACGCCAAAGGUAGCGAAACACCGGGUGCUACUCCUAGUGCUCGAAUGUGGGACGCGACUCCAGCUCAUGCGACUCCUGGCCGAGAAACGCCGCUGGUGAGCGGAGAAAAAGCGUCGGUGCGUCGUAAUCGAUGGGAUGAGACGCCAAGGACGGAAAGAGAAACUCCGGCGCACAGUGGUUGGGCCGAAACGCCGAGAACAGAUCGGACCGGAGGCGAUUUAAUCCAGGAAACUCCUACUCCGGGCGCUAGUAAAAGACGAUCACGAUGGGACGAGACGCCGUCGAACCAAGUGGCCGGUACCCCGGGUACUGUGACACCCGGAGCAAUGAUGAGCUCGAUGACUCCCGCUACUCCGGCUACGCCUCAUGCAUCGGCUACUCCGUUGAUGACUCCGGGUGGCAUUACGCCGAUGGGUCCUAAAGCGAUGGCUAUGGCUACACCGACUCCAGGUCAUUUGGGUUCUAUGACUCCGGAACAACUGCAGCAAUAUCGAUGGGAGAGGGAAAUCGACGAAAGGAACAGGCCGCUGAGCGACGAUGAACUAGAAGCGUUAUUCCCUCCUGGUUAUAAAAUCUUGCAACCGCCAUCCGGCUAUAUUCCGUUGCGAACCCCUAGUCGAAAGCUGACGGCUACGCCUACACCUAUCGCCGGUACUCCUACCGGCUUUUUCAUCCAGUCGGAAGAUAAAUCGGCAAAGUACGUCGACGAUCAGCCCAAAGGAAAUUUACCAUUUUUGAAGCCGGAAGACGCGCAGUACUUUGACAAAUUAUUGAUCGAUGUCGACGAAGAAUUGCUCAGUCCGGAAGAACAGAAAGAACGCAAGAUUAUGAAGUUGCUUUUGAAAAUCAAAAAUGGCACGCCACCGAUGCGUAAAGCGGCUCUCAGACAGAUAACGGACAAAGCCCGAGAGUUCGGAGCCGGACCGUUGUUUAAUCAGAUUUUACCGUUGUUGAUGUCGCCGACGUUGGAAGAUCAAGAACGGCAUUUAUUAGUCAAAGUUAUCGAUCGUGUGCUGUAUAAAUUGGACGAUCUAGUCAGACCGUAUGUACAUAAGAUUUUAGUUGUAAUUGAACCGUUGUUGAUCGACGAAGAUUAUUAUGCUCGUGUCGAAGGUCGUGAAAUUAUUUCGAAUUUAGCAAAAGCGGCCGGGUUAGCUACGAUGAUUUCGACUAUGAGACCCGAUAUCGAUAACAUCGACGAGUACGUUCGUAACACGACAGCCCGAGCGUUCGCCGUAGUCGCAUCUGCUCUUGGUAUUCCAUCUUUGUUGCCUUUUUUGAAAGCUGUCUGUCGCAGCAAGAAAUCGUGGCAAGCUCGACAUACCGGUAUUAAAAUCGUGCAACAGAUAGCCAUUCUAAUGGGAUGCGCUAUUUUACCGCAUUUGAAAGCUUUGGUCGAGAUUAUCGAACACGGUUUGGUAGAUGAACAGCAGAAAGUUCGAACGAUUACAGCCUUAGCUAUCGCAGCUCUAGCUGAAGCAGCUACGCCUUACGGUAUCGAAAGUUUCGACUCUGUUUUAAAACCUUUAUGGAAAGGUAUUCGUACGCACAGAGGAAAGGGUUUGGCUGCUUUUUUGAAAGCUAUCGGUUAUUUGAUCCCGUUGAUGGACGCCGAAUACGCCAACUAUUAUACGCGAGAAGUGAUGUUGAUUUUGAUUCGUGAGUUUCAAUCUCCGGACGAAGAAAUGAAAAAAAUCGUAUUAAAGGUAGUGAAACAGUGUUGUGCGACCGAUGGUGUGGAAGCUCAGUAUAUCAAAGAUGAAAUUUUACCUCACUUUUUCAAACAUUUCUGGAAUCAUCGUAUGGCGCUGGAUCGUAGAAAUUACCGACAGUUGGUGGACACAACUGUAGAAAUAGCCAAUAAAGUAGGAUCUUCUGAAAUAAUAAAUCGUAUCGUCGACGAUUUAAAAGACGAAAACGAACAGUAUCGUAAAAUGGUUAUGGAGACUAUCGAAAAAACCAUGACUAAUUUAGGAGCAGCUGCCGUCGAUUCGCGAUUAGAAGAACAACUCAUCGAUGGUAUAUUGUACGCGUUUCAAGAACAAACCACUGAGGAUGUGGUCAUGUUGAAUGGUUUUGGCACAAUUGUAAAUCAGCUCGGACGUCGAGUAAAACCGUACUUGCCGCAGAUUUGCGGUACUAUAUUGUGGAGAUUGAAUAAUAAAUCGGCCAAAGUACGUCAGCAGGCCGCGGAUCUUAUAUCUAGAAUCGCCGUUGUGAUGAAAACCUGUCAAGAAGAAAAGCUGAUGGGUCAUUUAGGAGUUGUGUUAUACGAAUAUUUGGGAGAAGAAUAUCCGGAAGUAUUAGGUAGUAUAUUGGGCGCUUUGAAAGCCAUCGUUAAUGUUAUCGGUAUGACAAAAAUGACGCCUCCUAUCAAAGAUUUAUUACCAAGAUUAACGCCCAUUUUAAAGAAUCGCCACGAAAAGGUGCAAGAAAAUUGUAUAGAUUUGGUGGGUCGUAUCGCCGACAGAGGCCCCGAAUACGUUUCAGCCAGAGAAUGGAUGAGAAUCUGUUUCGAAUUGCUGGAAUUACUGAAAGCGCACAAAAAAGCUAUUCGUAGAGCAACAGUGAAUACUUUCGGUUAUAUCGCCAAAGCAAUCGGACCUCACGAUGUACUAGCCACCUUAUUAAAUAAUUUAAAAGUACAAGAACGUCAGAAUCGUGUUUGUACGACGGUAGCGAUCGCCAUCGUUGCGGAAACUUGUUCGCCUUUUACCGUAUUACCAGCUUUAAUGAACGAAUAUCGUGUACCCGAGUUGAACGUGCAAAACGGCGUGCUAAAAUCGCUAUCGUUCUUAUUCGAAUAUAUCGGCGAAAUGGGUAAAGAUUACAUUUACGCAGUCACGCCGUUACUUCAAGAUGCUUUGAUGGAUAGAGAUUUAGUUCACAGACAGACUGCAUGCUCGGCCAUCAAGCACAUGGCUCUGGGAGUAUACGGAUUCGGUUGCGAGGACGCGCUUAUACAUUUAUUAAAUUACAUGUGGCCCAACGUUUUCGAGACGUCGCCGCAUUUAGUUCAAGCAUUUUUAGACGGUGUUGAAGGCUUACGAGUAGCCUUAGGUCCUAUUAAAAUUCUUCAAUAUACGCUUCAAGGCCUGUUUCAUCCUGCUCGUAAAGUGAGGGAUGUUUAUUGGAAGAUUUAUAACGCGUUGUAUAUUAGCAAUCAAGAUACGCUAGUUGCCGGAUACCCUCGUAUAGAAAACGAUGCGAAGAACAUGUAUAAUCGAUACGAAGUCGAUUACAUUAUGUGAAGCGAAACGUAUUCUAUCUAGAGAUUUUGAAUAUACGCGAACAUACUAAAUACUAUUUAUUAUAUUACCUGUGUGAAUUUGAAAUUCCCCAAGUUUCUCGCUGUAUAUACCCGAUAUGAUUACGAUGCGUUAUAAUUGCAAAUGAGAUGGUAUUUAUAACGUCGCCGAUUGUAUUUGUAUUUUAUAAUCGCUAUCCCGUGUGAAUAAAUCAUUUAUUUUUGUUCUGA